AUGUUGCACUUCAGCCUCGUCGCCUUUACGGCUUCAGCCUUCCUUGCUGUUGCCUCACCCCUGGAUAAACGACAGUACCCAAUAACCUGCAGCCCCUCUGCCCCGUGCCUCACGUAUACCGGAACCAAGGUCUUCUUCGCAGCGCAAACGGACGGCUCGUGUCCGUCGGUGACUGCGCCGCCAGCCGUUGACCUCCCCGCGGUGACGCCUACGGACCAGCCGGAGCUGUGCUUCUACCCGACCUUGAAUUACUGCCAGAUGGGCUCGUCCGCGGCCAUGACGGCCAUGAGCAGCCUUGCAACCGCGCUCUACAACGCCCAGUCGUCUGGCGCUGUGCUGUGCGGCGCGACCAAGACGGCGAACCUGGCUAUCAUCCCACCGGCGUCCCCAGUGGAGGUGACUCCGGUCUCAGAAAUCACCGUCGAAGCUCAGCCCGGCCGCUGA